GGCUUUCGUCGAUCUACAUAAACGCUUAUAGCUGACUUACCAUUACACGAGAAAUAAAUCGCUCGAAAUGGGAGGCGAUUCACUUGAAAAGAAGGAGAGUAUUCAUGGCACCAUGUUGCGGAUACACUUCGCAAAAAUUGCCUACGUGACCGUAUCGUUACCGGCAUUCUCAUUGCUCUUCUGUUUUCUCUCUGGAAUCAUUUUCCGAUUUUAUGACGUUAACGAAACAGUUUGCAAAGCGACAAAUGUGAUACCGUCUAUCAGUGCGGUGACAGGAAUUCUGCCUCAGGCAUAUGUAUGGCGGAUCUGUAUAGGACUGCAUGCUACACCACGUUUUGCAGUUGGCAUCAUGUACUACAAUCACUACAAAGAACGACUACGUCUCAUCAGCCCUCAGUAUCAUACAUUAUAUCGCCAACUUCUGCGUAUCAACUUCUGGUUGUAUACCAUAGAAAAUUCCUGUCUGGUCGGAGUAACCUACAUUUCCAACAAAGAGAACUAUCCCCUUCAUGAAAAGAUCUUCAUAGUGUUCAUGGUAUCAUGUAACUGCUACAUGUUACUUAACACUAUUAUCUUCCGAUGGUCAAGGGAGACAACUAUGUCACGUACAGAACAGCUCUCCUUUCAAAUAAAGAAAUGGAUGUUUAUUGCUAUAAUAUCAGCCACCGGUGGACUCCUCAUUUUCUUUGUCAGACACCGAUUUUUCUGCAUUCCAUUUGCCUUCAGCUAUUUUUCGGCUUGUGAGUAUGUCAUAGCAUACACAAACAUGGCUUACCAUCUAAGUGGAUAUUUGGAGUUCAGAGACUACUAUUUCAUUGCUGCAAGGGUUAGUCCUACCACAGAAACCAAAAAUGGUGAUGUCAGCAGUGCAGUAGAUCCAUCGCCAAGAAAACCAUUAGUACGAAGGAGAACGGGUGACAAUCCACUAUAAUGACAAUGACUUUUAGGGAAAACAAUUUAUAAUUCUAGUUUUUCUUUAGGAGCACUUUUUUAUAUGGAUCACCUGUUCAUGUUAAAAACUUCAAUCACAUUUCAUAUCAGCUGUUCUGUGCAGUUGGUUUUGAUGUAUGUCUACAGCGUAUGUUAAGCUAGGCAUGCAUGCUUUGUCACCUAAGCAAUAAUUUAAAAUCUCUUUUUGAACAUUUCAUUGUAUUUAUGACUUUUUACCUAUUCUUUGACAUAAACACAGACUGUUUUGUGUUGCACUGUGUGAAGGGUGUAUAUAGUAAGAUUGAUGUAUUAGAAUAGACAAUUAAUCAAUGUAACACUAAAGGACAGUGGGGAUUAACAAGUAGCUGUAUCAUGGUAAUUUUUCUUUUUUUACCUGAUGUACACCUUGAAAACUAUGCUAUAUCUUUAGGAUGGAUGUUGAUACAGUGACAGGACCACCUCAGAUCAUUAGAACUAUUAUUGGUCACACUCAAAAUUGUGACCUUUCCAUAUAGAAUAUCUUUUUGAUCCCACUUCUCCAGGCUUAAUAUUAAAAUGUGACGCUAGUACAUGAGAUUGGUAGUUAUGGACUAUAAAUAUAAGUCCUUAUUGAUACUUGGAUUCUUCUCAAAUUCGCCAUCAGUGACUUGGUAGCAAUCUUCAAAAUAUUCAAUUAUGGUCCAGAAAUGGGACUGAAAUUCAUAUAAUAACAAAUUGACAAAAAGUUUUAAUAUAAUUUUAGACCAAUCAAAUGCAGAAGAGAAAUGACAGCUACAAAACGGUUUAUACCGUUUCUCAAAUUAUAUUGUACAUCUGCUUAAAUUUUGGUGGUUAUUAUUCAAGGUUGAAGGUCAAAGGUUAUACUUGACAAAAAUUCAGGGAUUAUAGUCACUAACUUUCUCCAUACCAGUUGCUCUAUAUUGUCAGAUUUGAAGCUGGCCUGAAAAAGAAGAUAAACUUACUAAUCUAUUUUUUAGUGAUCUCCUUUAAAGUCCAUUAAUUGAUGUUGUAUACAAGUACCAGUGUGGUCCAAAUUUCAAAAUGGCUGCUAGUGCUUAUUUUGGAAAUUAAUCACUGUCACUAUAUCACUAUAUUUCUUAAGUCUAAUGGGUAAAAGUAUCUUCAUAUAAUUAAUAGGAUUCAGUUGUGCAAGCUACAUUUUGAACAUCAUUUGAGUUUCAAGACAAAGUCAGCUGCACUAUUUCUCAAUACUUAGUGUGGUUUAAUACUCCAGAUGGCUGCCACAAUCCAUUCACCUGUCCUUCACGAAUCAUUUCUUAAAAACAUUUUUUGAUUGAAUUUUGACUUACGAUGGUCCAAAGUGUGCAUGGAUGAAGGUGAUUAGAAAUAAAAAAAACCUGCAGGCAGAGGGGUAGACUCCAUAAUGGUCUAUAGGGCUGGACUCAACAUAAGAAACAGAGGGUGAUGUUUUAAAAAUCCUUCUUCUGUGCAAAUGAAAAAGUUUUGAACUUUGAAUUGCAAGUUAUUGGUAUUAAUAGGAGAUCUGAUAAACCUUAGUAAUCUCAAGGGGUAAAUCUGUUUCUGUAUGAUUUUGGGAGGCAGAUCCCAAGACAUGAUUAUGUAACUGUGAACUUCAUGAUUGCUGAACUAUAAGCCUCUUGUCAUAUAUUUGCCAUGUUUUAUUGAAAUCAUUUAAUGCAAAGCUUUAAUCAUUUUGAUAUUAUUGUAGAGAUUAUAGAAGUAAAAUCUCAAAUUUUAAUUGCUGCAGUAAAUGUCGGGAAGAUAUAUUACAAUGCAGGAAUUGUGUGUAACUUUUACAAAUUUAUUUUUACAAACCAUUUUAUGUUGUUAACAAGUACAUGUAUGUCUGAAGUUAAAGCAUAAUUAAGUAAUUAUGAAAUAGAGGGUGUGCAUUUUAUUCAAUGUACUUAAGUAUUCCUGGUAACAUAAUUUCAACUGUGAAAAUAAAAUUAAUUUCACAAUGGAUUCAUAUGUCCCAAUAGAUGUAAACUGUUAGUGCACUGUCUAUAUAAAGUGACCACAAGUUAAUUCAGAGUAAACCAAAGCAUUAGUGGAUAAACUAUAAGGAAAUAAAUACAAAGGAAAGUACCAUACAGUAGCAGUUAUUAUAAAGGGAGGUAACUACGCAGUAAAAGACAACACCAUGGGGAGUUACUACACAGUAAAAGUAAAUACAAAUAGAGAAAACUGUGUAGUGGAAGUAAAUAUAAAGGGAGGUAACUACGCAGUAAAAGACAACACCAUGGGGAGUUACUACACAGUAGAAGUAAAUACAAAUAGAGAAAACUGUGUAGUGGAAGUAAAUAUAAAGGGAGGUAACUACACAGUAAAAGACAACACAAUGGGAAGUUACUACACAGUAGAAGUAAAUACAAAUAGAGAAAACUGUAGUGGAAGUAAAUAUAAAGGGAGGUAACUACACAGUAAAAGACAACACCAUGGGGAGUUACUACACAGUAGAAGUAAAUACAAAUAGAGAAAACUGUAGUGGAAGUAAAUAUAAAGGGAGGUAACUACACAGUAAAAGACAACACAAUGGGGAGUUACUACACAGUUAAAGUAAAUACAAUUAGAGAAAAAUGUGUAGUAGAAGUAAAUACAGAUUUAAAUAAAUAUAAACAGGAGUUACAAAACAAUAGAUGGAAGUAUAAAGGGAACAACCCAAUAAUAAAAAUGUCAAUAUUUGGAAUAUCACAUACACUUUAAAUCGUAAGGAAGUAAGAUGUGAACAAAAUAGAUCAACAUAAGAUACCAGGGUACUUGUGAAGUUUGAUAAUUUUGCAGUGUCAUUGUUCUGAACAGGUACUGUUGUGCAAUGCAUUGUGUGAUGAAGGCCAAACUGAAUGAACAAAGUGUGAUAUUAAAUUUGUUCUUUGUUGUA